AUGAGGAACCCCACUCACACCGACCGGCCCUCCUCCACGGCCCUCUCUUGUCUUCUGGCGGACCAGUGGGCAACAGGAGUACCUGAAGCCCAAUUGCUAGUUGACCUCGCUGCAACACUGUGCCCUAACCAGCGCCACCAACAUUUACACCACCGAUGCGAAGCGUCAUACAGCCAUAAAGAAGGCAAAAAUAUGACGACGGAAAACUGCGACACGAUAGCCUCUGAGGAGGCUGGCGCCGCCCGCCAAAGCCAGGGCAUGCUCAAAGUCCCUUCAAGAUCCUCAUCGCAACAGAAGAUCCAGUCUGCCCCAUCUGCCACUGUCCGCAGUAGCAGCAGCGGUCGCUCCAAAGACUCCAAGAACAGCUACGCCGAGGCUCAGGGCAAUGGUUCGCUAAGUGCUCCGCGCCAGGCCGGAGAAAAUGAGGUUGCCAGCACGCCUGGCAACACGCAACCAAGCUCGCCGUCCGCCAGCGAGCAGAAGCAAAGAAGGAAGAAGGGAGGUCUGCUAUCUCUGCUCGGCUGUUGCGGCGUUCCGGAUGAUGAGGACAAGAGCAACGCUCACAAGCUAAAUAAACUUCCUCAACGGCCGACCACGGCUAAAUCACGAUCCCAAACCUCGCAGGAUCAGUAUGCUCGCAACUCAAAUGAGAAGCCGAACAACACGGCUGCCGCUGCUGAUAACCAAGGGGCGGCUAGCGGCUCCCAGGAUGUCAUCAUGGAAGAAACAAAUGCGUACCAGAAGAAUCCACCGGCCGUUGCAGUUGAGCCUCCUAGCGCACCACAAUCAGCGGGUGGAGGCAACUCUUCCAAUGGUGACGACUCCGAUAUGCCCGAUGUACCUGAGGAACCUCAAGUUGCGCCCGCUGUUGAGACUUCUGAGGAGCAGGAUGAGCGAACUGUACCACCUCCUCCCCCAGGGCCCAGCGUCGCAACCGCUGUCCCCUUACCCCCAGUUACUGCUGUAGAGGAGCAACGCAAGGGGCUACUGCCCGCCAUUGCUCCGGAGCAUAAGGGCCGAAAGUGCUUGGUUCUGGAUCUUGAUGAAACCCUUGUACACAGCUCAUUCAAGAUUCUCCACCAAGCGGAUUUCACAAUACCUGUCGAAAUUGAAGGCAACUAUCAUAAUGUAUAUGUCAUUAAGCGACCCGGAGUCGACGAAUUCAUGAAGCGAGUGGGCGAGUUGUACGAAGUCGUUGUCUUCACUGCAUCCGUCUCCAAGUACGGCGAUCCUCUAUUAGACCAGCUUGACAUCCACAAUGUCGUCCACCACCGGCUGUUCCGCGAAAGCUGCUACAACCACCAAGGCAACUACGUCAAGGAUCUGUCCCAGGUCGGACGUGAUCUGAAAGAUACCAUCAUCAUCGACAAUUCGCCGACCUCGUACAUAUUCCACCCUCAACACGCCGUUCCUAUCAGCAGCUGGUUCUCUGACGCUCACGACAACGAACUGUUAGACCUGAUUCCUGUCCUCGAGGAUCUGGCUGGCUCCAAGGUUUCGGAUGUCAGUCUCGUCCUCGAUGUCACUCUUUGA